AUGAGCUGGAGGUACAUCCCCACCGACCAGAACCCAGCGGAUGUGAUCUCCAGAGGAAUCUCAGUGAGGAAACUGUUGACCACCAAGAAGCAGCUGUGGCUGCAUGCCACCCCGUAUGCACUAGAGGUACAUCCAGAAAUUCAAGUAUGCGCAAUUCAGCAAGCGCCGACCAUCGACCACACUCUGCAUGAUCCUGACCCAGAAGAUUAUAUCCAGAGUUACAAGUACUGCAAUUCUUUCCGAAGGACCAGAAGGCAUUUCGCCUUAAUACAGCGCGCCAUAAGCAAUUUUAAGGCAAAAGCUACAAGUUCUAUUAAUUCUGAACAACUCCUACAAACCAUGACCGGCCCUCUAACUGUUGAGGAGCUGGAAGCAGGACUACAUCUAGUCAUCAAAAAUAUGCAAUCCGUCUGCCUAGGACAAGAGCUGAAGAGCAUCGGUUUACACGGCAUUCCUACAAAGCAGGGCCCCCUGCAGCACCUCAAUCCUAUGCUGGCAGGUGGCCUCAUUCGAGUAACAGGCAGGUUAAACUUAGCAGACUUGCCUGAAGAACAGCGACAUCCAAUAUUCAUUCCGAGGGAGCAUCCGUUUGCACGAAUCAUCCUUGUGCAUCUACAUCGCUCCAAUAACCACGCCGGUCUGGAAAUAGUCUUGGCCGAAUUUCAACGAAGCUAUUGGAUGAAGGGAUUGCGGAAAACAACCCAAUCCGUCCUUCAAAAAUGCGUACUCUGCGUACGGGCAAGGCCUCGCAGAUUCGAGCAAAUGAUGGGCCAGCUUCCACGGCCCAGAGUGAAUCCCUCUACAGCGUUCACUCAUACUGGCGUAGACUUGUGCGGGCCGUUCCAAGUGCUGCCAAGUCAGCGGGCGAAAAUGAGGCUUACCGUUUACGCCUGCCUGUUUGUGUGCUUUUCGACCAAAGCAGUGCAUAUCGAGGUGGUGGAGGAUCAAUCCACCGGGGCCUUCUUAGCCGCCUUGAUACGGUUUGUAUCAGUGCGUGGUACACCGGAGGUGAUAUACUCCGACAACGGCCGCAACUUCGUCGGAGCCAGCCGCGAACUUGCAGAACUGAGCAAAGUAUAUAACUCGGAGUUGUUCCAAAACGAACUCAUAGGGAUAGCAGCUGAGGAAGGAAUACGCUUUUCCUUCAUCCCUCCGAGAAGCCCUAAUUUCGGAGGUCUGUGGGAGGCCAACAUAAAAGUGGCCAAAAGACUCUUCACCGCAGCCGCUCGUGGAUCCAGCUUUAAUAUAUUGGAGAUUCAGACGGUGUUCUACCAAGUAUCAGCGAUAAUGAAUUCACGUCCGCUGACCUCAAUUUUCUCCGACGCCGGAGCUCCGGAACCUUUAACACCAGGGCACUUCCUAAUAGGAAGAGCCAUGACUACUAUACCCAUCCCGGCAAGCCACUUAGAACAGCAAAACUUAGUUAUGCGCUGGAAGCGCAUUCAACGCCAAACCGCACAAUUCUGGCGUAGGUGGCAAAAUGAAUAUUUGCAGCAUUUGCGCUGUAUCUUCAAGUGGACAAAAAGGCAACCUAACUUGAAGCCAGGUCAAGUCGUAUUGAUUGGAGACGAUAACAACCCCGUGGCAAAGUGGCCCAUGGGAAUCGUAACUCACACCAAACCCGGAAAGGAUGGAGUUGUGCGGGUAGCAACGGUACGCACAGCUUCAGGUAUCUACACACGAAAUGUUCGGGCUUUGGCACCACUGCCCAUCGACAUUACCGAAAGUCAAGUAGGCGAAUCAGUCGAACCAUCUCAAUUUGAUUCUUCAGAAAUAGUGAAUAAACCACACCAUGAAGUACGCGAGCAAGGGCCAGUACCUGAAAACGAAGAAGACCCACCACCCCUGGCUAUGAGUAGCAAUGUUUGGAGCGACAGACUUCGCUCCAAAGGGGGGAGAAAAUGGAGCGGUUAA